AUGACAACAUUGGCGGGGGCUUGUUUGGGCCAUGCUUCGCCGAUUGCAUCCAGGGAGGAGGUUGUUGAGGCCCUUGAGCACAUUUAUCACACUUGUGGCGAUGGGUACGAAGCAGUGGCCAGCAGGGGCGCAACGUCCGGACUGGUUCACUCCUUGCACCUAGUUCGCACCGCGCACGCAAGCGAAAAGGACACUGCUCGACUGGACCUGGGCUCCUUCCUCAGCCGCGGUCUGUUUGUCAAUGCUCAACGCCUGAUGGAGAAGUAUUAUCCUUUUCUGGGGGAAGAGCUGGCAGCUGGGUCGGAAUUUCCGUGGCAAACGGUGGAGCGUCCGCAGGAGUGCUCGCCUGCCUUCAUCGCGGUCGCCCAAGGCGGCACAUCGACACAAUGGCUGCUGUGUGCGCUGGCCGCUGGCCUUACACCACCGCCACUGAGAGUCUACUUGGCGCGUUGCCGAAUGCUUAUGGCGGGUGAUUUGCGCCCACUGGAGUUCCUCUUGGUCUCCCCGCUUGGCAUGGCUCUCGGCUUGGGACUUUGCACUGAGUGCAGCAUCCUGUGGACGCCAAUUCUGGCGCUCCCUGGCCACGCCACUGCGAACCUGCCUGUUUGCGCCAUGGAAGCGCCUGGCCCGGAUGAGGCUACAGCUGCUGUUACGAUGGCACUUGAGGAUGUCAGGACCGCUGGCCUGUGCCUGCAUUCUGACCCACCGGGCCCACUAUUCUGCCGUUGGCUCCGGAUGGGCACAGCGCGGCUGGCCCAAACACGGCCUGUGCCGCUGCCGCUCGUUCGUUGCCCUGGUAUCUUGGGUCACCGGGAUUUUCUUUACUUCCUUGAGCCGCUGGUCGGUGUGCCUGCCGGUAUGCUGGGGAUCACGGACGCAGCUGGGCAGGAUCUAGAAGUGGACAACCCGCGCCAUUUUACGCGCAUGGAUAAGAUGCGGAGGGGCGACUUGGCGAUGGUGUGUUAUGCCAGAGAGUGUGGAUGGCGCCUGGAUGGAUGCGUGGGCUGGGAGCCCUAUAUGCCAAUGCCGGGCUUGCCUUCCCGGCGAUCUUGCGGCACUACUUCGCCCUUCGAAAUCAGCUGCUCCGGCCGUUACUCAGCACUUGGAUUCAGGGAGAUCAGACACCGCCGGCGGCGGCCAGCACGGCGGCGUAUUUUCGUUUCCUACCUUGUGGGUAGGGAGCUGCGGGCACAGUUCCGGGAGAUGCUCGUUAGCGAUAUGGAACACGCCACUGCGACGUCGCCGCGCUGGCUGGUUGACAUGAUGUGGUAUGGGGCUGCCCCGUGGCCGUGGCAGCUAGUCACGGUGAUUGCUCGCCACAUGCUCAUGGCCCAUUAUCAGUACGUCGGUUGGCUGCUUGCGGCAGGGGCCGAUCCUUCGGCCCUCCGACACCGAGCCACCGUCUGGCAACCAGCCUGCGGUGAGGAAGCGGCGGUGAUGCCCAAACAUAGAGCGGCCCAUCAGGGAGUGCGCGCCUGGGGGAGCGAAGGAACUAUCACGGUGUACCCCCCCGAUGGUGGCCUGGUCUUUUCCGUUGAGGAUCCUGUCCUGCACAAGGACUUGGAGUGGGCAGCUGCGGCCCUAGUCGGCUAUGCGCCUCAGUGGGGACGCCUUAUACAGUGUUUGCCGAAUGGGGAUGGCUUUACCAAUGACCCCAGUGGCAUCAUUGUGCGCGGUUGCUACCAACUCAUUCUCGUUAACCCCAUGGAUGGGGGCACAGCUAUCGAGCGACAAACCUUCAUUCGCGAUUCGCUGCUUCAAGACGAUCCCCUGUCACUCACCCGCGCGGUCGAGCUGGCCGAUGGCUUCGCUAGAUGCUGGGUGUGGGGCUCUCAGUUGUGCCCUGUGGUGUGGGCACUGGACCAACCUGUGGUGGUACUCAUCCGGGUCCUUGAGAUUAUGCGGGGUCGCGCAAUGCCUGGUGGUGACCGCCUUCGUACGGCGCUAGAGCUGGAACCUGUGCACAAUGCACUUCUUACGGCGGUCAAGUCAGGGAGCGUGGCCACUGUCUACGAGUUGCUGGUGGCGGGCUCCCCGCCGGAUCGGCGCACGUUGCACUUUGCACUCCUUGAUGCGGUGGGCUAUACAGCCCCGCUUGCUGUUACCAGACUACUGCUUUGCGCCCGGGCUGAUCCGGGCUUUGAGCAGGGAGACGACGAGGGUGAUGAAACGCCUUUUGGGCUAGCUGUGUACAACCGCAUGUGGGACACGGUCCGGCUCUUUUUAUGCAAUUCGAUUGCGCAUCGACCGGCUGAAUGGCUGUGUACUUGCAUGUGUGCUGGCGAUGUCGCCAUUUGCUGUUCAAUCCCCGCCACCUCCAAGCCGCGCAUGGAACCCUUGGCCGAAGCGCCGGCCGCAUUCCCCGUCCAAACGGCUGUCACUGGCGUGGUCCUUCAGCUACAGCGGCCGGGGCACGUUCGCAAAUGGGAGGCGCUCGGAGCUGGUCUGAAUAUUCCACACCAUGACAUCCUGCAAGUCAGUUCGUCGGGGGAAGUCGAUGCUCCAUUUGUCCAGUUCGCACAGAUGAUCGCUGCCCUCUACAAUUGCAAUUGUGUGGUCAUUGAGGCUAGUCGUCGCAUGGCAUGGCUUAAGUCGGUGCCGGGAGAUCCUCGUGAAGCUGCGAGUGGUAUCCCUUCCUACCGCGACGUCCAGGGACAUCACGGCUAUCAGGCCUUCUACCAUAACUGA